AUGUCAGUGCAUCAGUUUAACGACCAAUCAAUCGACAGGCUUAUCCCAGAAAUAUUUGAUCAGAUGAAAUCCAAUCUAGACGCCGUUAAGACUAGCACAAGACCAUUUGUUUCGGCUGGCACCCGUUCUACUUUAACCACGCAGUCGCUUCUUGAAGAAAGCAGAAUGUUGGAUAAAAUAAUCCCGGUGGUCGAGAAACUCGAAACAACACUCAGCGUGGCUGGUCCACAGCAUCUUAAAAGAAUAAAGGAAACAUGCGAGUCCACGAACAAGAUUCUGGACGCAUGGAUUAACAUACAAUCUCAAGGAGGUUAUGCUUACGAUCUUAUGAACAACGAGCAGUACAUGAACUACUUUAAUGCUCUUCAAAAUGACGAAACCAUGACUGCUGAAGGUUACAUGAAUGAAAAACGUCAAGAAGUCGCAACGCUGCGCGACCAACUAGAAAGCAAGAAAAAAAUGAGCGAAAACACUCUUGGUAAACCCGCUAACAUAAAUCAACGCCCUCUAAGCUCUGAGUCUACGACGGCAACUGCUAAAUCUCGAACAGGAAACAAAGCACGACAAACGGGGAUGCCCAAGCCCAGUAACAUACCGCGAAGCAAGACACGAGCGACCAAACCGAGGGUUACGACUCGAAAAACCCAACCGCGGAGAGUAGGGUGA